UCUCACACCCUCAGAAUAAAGCUCUGAUUCUGUUAUCUCUGUAUGAGUGUAGGAAGUGUUGUAUAGUUGAGGGUUUUCACUAAUCGUUUAUAUUAAUCUCUAAAUUGUGUUUAUUAUUGGUUGGACUUCAGAUUUAUGAUUUACGACCAAUAUAAAUCAAAAAUUCCUCCGUACUAAUCUCCACGGUCUACUUUUCUCCAAGUCCGGUGAGUGUCGACGCUAAUGCCGCUAGCUGGAUGCUUGCUAGCAUAUUGCCAAUGAUGCUAGUCAGAAUGUCCGAGUGUGAUAAGUGGCGUUGCUAAUUCUAGCAGCGCUACAUUUUUACACUUUCACAUGGUAGGUGGAAGUGUGUAAUAGAGAAGACAGUGUUUAAAAACUUCACCUGCACUCCUGUCUGAUCCAUGAUCCACUUAUAACAACUAACUACUAACUGACCAACCAGCCAAAUACUAGCUGCUCUGUUGUGAUCCUGUUACAUUGUUGUUCUGUUAUAUACAUACCGCAAAAAUACACCCAUUAUAUAAAUUAGUGUUUUAAAAUAUAAAUACUUACUAUUGGUACUGUUUUGCCCAAAACACUGAUUUCUUAUACCCUAAUUUACUUGUUAGGGCAAUGACUUUAAUAAUGCAGGUUAAAAUAGUAUAUAAUUAUUAACUUAAACGUUUCAUCCACAGUUUCCCAACUAUGACUAAAUCAUAAAGAUGUCCUACUGUUUGUUGGUGCAUUGUGUUCUGGCCUUCAUGGCUGUUGGUGAAGGAGCCUGAUUAGCAUGUUCUAUCAGUAUUUGUGAAGACAGCACUGCGUGAUUUACUCAUUACCACCAAAUGCUCUCUGACCUUCUCUCCAACACAAAGGCAUCCUGUUCUACAUCCUCAUUAGCCUUUAUCUCCUCCACAGCUGUGCUGACUCCUAGCCCUUUUGUCUGCUCUUCAUCCCUCAGUCUUGGCCCUGUUUCCACCGGCUGCUAAUUAUGUCAAUGACUUGGAACUUGCUAAUUCUAAAGGUAUGCGCUAACGAAGCCGGGCCUGAGUGGAUACAAUACUGCUCCAGGACUGACUGUGCAUGAAACUCCUUGGAUACAUCCACCUGAGCAAGCCACGCCAGUUACCGCAUGAAUGAGUGACGCUGCUAACGAACUGGAGGGUCUAACAUACUAUCACACUCUGGCUCUCAAAAGAGCUGCAUCAUAACAAAAGAAGCAGGACAGAAUACGAGGGCCAGGCUUUGUUUUUCCAUCAAUGGAGGCUUUAGCAGAGGGUCUGUAUAUAAAGGGUUGGUGUGUCUCAUGCAGAGUGAACAGAGUUCGAAGUCUUAAUCUAGAAUGACAGGUGAUCACACCAAGCCCAGCGGAGCAGUCGGACACAUGGCCAUCUCCUCAGCCAAGGUUUUGCUCUUCCUGGCGCUGCUGGCGCAGGUGUGCUGCAUGGCGGAAGGCGUGUCCGCGUGCUGUGUGCGGAGGCCUCGUGCGUGCGGUCUGUACGGGGUGCGGUGUAACAGCACGGACUCUAAACCGGUUCGGGUGAGCAGUGGCGCCGCUGUGGGCAUCCUCACACUGGGCAAACGGAGAACAGCCGGCAACCGUUACCAAGACCGCCUACAGCACCUGCUGCACGGCACCCGCAACCAGGCCGCUGGUAUCCUCACCAUGGGCAAGAGGCACGAGGAGGGCGGGGCGCACCCUCAGCCGGGAGUCAGCACUGUGCACUCACUCAUUAAACUGGACCUGGAGAAACCUGUGCAGUACCUGCUGCAGCAGCAGCAUACUGACACCAGAGACCCUUAUAGACCAUGAUUUACCUUACAGAGAGAAGCAAGCUCCACCUGCUCAGUAAUAAAUCAACUCGUUUUUAUCAGCAAAAUCUAAAAUAAUGUUUAUUUUUGUUAAUUGUGUGCUUCUAAAUUAAGAUGUGAUAUAAGACAAUAUAAGAAAAAGGUUCUUGUAGAGAAAUUAGUGGAAUAUUGAUUUGCUUACAGUGGUUGUGAAUUGAACUGGAGGCAGUGUUUGGCUGUGUUUCAAAGACUAGGCUGAAGUCAAGAAAGGUGGGUCGUCUCCUGUAGAACUGUCCUGUAAAGAUUUCAUGACGAUAUUAUGAACACUAGAUAUGUCCAGUCUAUUGCAGUUGUGGUGCAAAACUCUUUUUUGUUGUUGUUUUUGCACAGAAUGUAUUAUUUUAAAACUUA